AUGGCUGAGGGGAAAAUUGAAUCCUCCGUCGUCGUGAUCGAUCAGCCAACCAAGCACCUUUCUCCAUCGCCAAAAAUCGAGUUUCAUCUCUCCCUCCCAUCUUCCGGGUGCAAUCGAAUCGGGUUUUUGAUCAUCGGGUACAACCUGUCAAAUAUCUUUCAAAUAAUCAAAGUAUUUGAUCUUUGUGGAUUUCCUUUCGAGUUUGAUGGAGGCGAGAGUGUGAAAUACAUGACUGAAGAUGAAGGUGAUGAUGUUGAAACCAUGUUGAAAGCAGUGAAGAUGAAGAUGAAACUUGUUUGACUGCUCAAAGCAAAAACUCAUCUCAAAAGAUGAAAAGUUAUAAUAGAGUUAGCAGUUGGGAUUUCGCAAUAUGCAUUCUGAAUUUGUCGUUAUUUCUAAGCAUACCAAUGCGAUGAAGAACACAAGAUGAAGAAACGCAAAAUGCAAGUCGAAUGAUGAAGAAACGCAAACCGCAAGUCGACUUUGGAGUUCUUCACGUCGAUAUGGCAGUAUUCGAUAUUGGAGGGUUUUUCUGUUCUGUUUCACGUGGUGGACUUUUCCCACAUUUAAUUAGGUUUAAUCCUAAUUAAAUGCAUUUAGUUCUAAUCUUUAAUAAUGUUUAAAGGGUA